AUGACUAGCGCCCAUCCCUUCUACCCAACGACAACCAAGAAACCAUUUGACAAAUGUUGGGAAAGUAAUUCUUCAGAAUACUAUCUUGUGUCAUCAAGAACAACCCAGAGAGAGAAUAAACAAAAUAGAAUAAUAAUUGGAAGUGGUCAAAAGGAGAAACUGACCUCCAAAUCUCUUGCGAAUAAUGUGAAAAUUUUUCAUCAGCAGAUGCUUUUCUUGAGGAAAGUCAAGUUUCCAUCAAUGUCUAACUUUUCAUCUCAUGUGGUUCCAUUCUAUUACUUGGUUUGGUUUUUUGGUGGUUUGAUUUUGAUUUUCGUUAGCAAUUUAAUUUCGGUUAAGUUUUGA